GAUACAGCAUGCAGAGACAGCGCUUGAUGGCCGGGGUGGCCGUGGGUGCGGUCGUCCUGGUGAUGGUGGUGGUGGUCGCCAUGGCCCUGCUGGCGGACGGCGGUGGCCCCAGUGGCGGUGGCAAUAGCACCACCCUGAGCGCCGGCGCCAACGUCCUCCCUCCUCGCCUGGACCCCGCCCUCUGCCCUGAAGGCUACGGCACCCACCCCUUGCUCCUUGUCUCCCUCGACGGCUUCCGCGCUGAGUACCUAGAGCGCGGACUCACGCCCACUCUCCUGGCCGUGGGCGAGCGGGGGGUCCGUGCCCCCUACAUGAUCCCGGUCUAUCCCACCAGCACUUUCCCCAACCAUUAUUCGAUCGUCACGGGCCUGUACCCCGAGUCGCACGGUAUCGUGAGCAACAAGUUCUAUGACCCCGUGUUCCAGGAAGGUUUCAACCUGCGGGACGGGGCGCCGUCGCAGGGCAGGUGGUGGGGAGGGGAACCCCUGUGGAGCACCCUGGGCAAGCAGAAUAAGAAAAGCGCCACCUUCUUCUGGCCAGGCUCGGAGGCGGAAAUCGCCGGCCAUCGCCCGACCCACUGGCGCCCCUACGACGGCAGCGUCCCCGCCGGGCGCCGCAUCCAACAGGUUCUGGAGUGGCUGUCCCUUCCGGCCGAGGAGCGACCAGCCUUCGUGUCGCUGUACUUCUCGCAGCCCGACCACGAGGGGCACGCCUCGGGGCCCGACUCGGAGAAGACUAACCAACAGCUGCUGCAGGCGGAGGAACAGAUGGUUCAGCUGGUGCAAGGGCUUUCCGAAAGAAAUCUGCUCCAUUGCGUGAACAUGAUCGUACUGUCAGACCAUGGGAUGGCAGCGGCAGGGAAGGACCGGGUCAUUCUCCUGCAGGAGUACGUUCCCGAACUGGAAGACGUGGCACUCGCCUACUUCGGCGCCGUCGGCAUGUUCAGCCUGAAGGAUGACAAUGAUGAAAUGAGAGACGAGAUCAUGAGCAACUUGUCUUGCAAGAGGCCGGACAUGCGCGUGUAUAGUCCGGCCGACCUGCCCAAGAGGUUCCAUUUCAGUAACAACCGCAGGAUCUCAGACGUCAUCGUAAACCUCGACGCCGGAAAAAUCGUUACGACAAACAGCUCUUGGUCCAUCGGGGGAAACCAUGGCUAUGAUAAUUACUUCAAGGAAAUGAGGGCGCUCUUCGUGGCUUACGGCCCGGAUUUGCAACAGGGUCUGGAGAUCGAGCCCUUCCAGAACAUUGAGCUCUACAACCUCAUGUGUCAGCUGACGGGCGUGGAGCCUGCAGAAAAUAACGGCACAUGGGGCGCCCUCAACCACGCCCUUGCCCAGCCGCCGCCCACGCAACAACUACAACAGGAGGUUAAGCCCCCGAGCGCGUUCCUUCCCGCGGGUGACGUCAACGACCGCCUCGUUGCGUCCCGGUGCGAGGGCGACUCUGCCGCCGCGCAGAAAUGGCUUUCAUCACUCAAUCUGAAACAGACGCAGGAGCUGGAGUUGGAGGAAUACCACCUUCCGUGGGGCGUCCCUCACACCGGCAGCUUGCCCCUGUCACUCAAGCUCUUGCUCCAUCACGACCACGUCACAGGAUACUCCGAGAAACUGAGGAUGCCCCUGUGGACCAGCUUCACUGUGAAGGAAGGAUUUCCGGGAACAAGUGGCGCUUCUUGGACCGCCGACGUCCGCCUCGCCCCGACGGCUGCGCCAUCUUGCCCCGAACUCAGGGAAUUCACUAGCCAGGGCUUCGCCGCGGAACCCCUAUUUCCUCCCGCCUUCUCCAGGAAUGCCAGCCUUCCAGAGGUGCCUUUCCUCACGAGCAAUGCCCUCGCCAUGAGUCCAUCCUUGGCAAAAAGGUGGAAGGGCUUACUGGAGGAGCUGGUUCCUGCUUGGGUCUCUGCACAUGGCACUCUCAAUGUCGUUCUUGGACCUGUCUUUGAUAACAACACAGACUCUCUGCUUGAUGACAUCUCUAGGCUUAGAUCACCUGAUAUCCCAUCUGAUCUGUUUGCCAUCGUGACUCGUUGCAAGAAACACGUGAAAUCCCUUAACCUGUGUCAGCCUGAUCAGCUGGAUUCUCUCAGCUUUAUAUUUUCACAGUCUCAGUCAGUCAGUAAUUGCCUGACUACUGAGAGGUAUACCUUGGAGUUCAGUGGGCGUGUGAAGGACGUGGAGAUGGCGACUGGGCUAGUGUUCUUCCCUUCCUUGACCUUCAGAGAUCGCCUCAGAGUGCUUCUGCGGACAAAUUCUGUUCUCUGGGCAACAGUUUAGUUGGAAAGACAUACAUAUAUAUGAAUAUAAAUAUAUAUAAAUAUAUAUAAAUAUACAUGUAUAUAUAUACAUAAAUAUGAAUAUAAAUAUAUAUAAAUAUAAAUAUACAUAUAUAUACACAUAAAUAUGACUAUAAAUAUAUAUAAAUAU